AUGUUCAAACCGGAAAAAUUCAAUCGUCCUCCGAACGCAGCUAUCAGUUCGCGUGCAUACGAUAAUCGCCUCCAUACCACUCAACUACCUUGUACCCUAUUGCGCUCAACUUUACUUACACUAUUCCACUGUGGUCAACUUAUUCGCGCUGUUGUUUAUGUUGCACGAAGAUAUGAUAGUGGUAGUGUCGUCAGGACUUGGCAGUACAAUACUGAACUCCUCGAUUCUUGUCCUAUAGGACUAGUCCUAGACUCGAUACCUAUAGGGGUUACCUCGGAUUGGAUUGAAUUUGAUUAUUGA